GGUUCCAGAUGCUCUGUACGGGUUUGUUUGUGCUGCAGUGGUUCUGCGGUGAGACGAGCGGCGAGGAGGACGCCGAAGUACUGACGGCCCAGAAGUUCCGGGCUGACCUGGCCUACAGGGAACGGGAGUUUGAGAAAGCUCUGUGUGAAUACUCAAACUGCUUACAGCAUUUGCCUCCCAGUAACAUUGCCAUGAGGCGGGACGUCCAGGAGGGCCAGGCUCGCUGUUUGUCUCAACUAGGAAGGCACAAGGAAGCUCUGGAUAUUGCAGAAAGAAUGAGAAACAGUGCCACAAACACGGAUCACUUAACAACUGUUCUCAACCUGCAGUUUGCCAUUUAUCGGGAUCUGGAAAACGUAGAAAAAAAGAUUGUGUGUCUGCAGCAGCUGAUCUGCUUACAUCCCUUCAACCCUUGGUACUGGAUGUCACUUGCUGAAGCUUAUAUGGACCUUUUGCGGAGCUUGUCUCCAUUUUGCAUUCCAGAAACAAACCUACACUGCUCCAAAGAGGCUUUACUUCAGCUUACUCAACUGCAACAGUCAUCCUUUGCUCUCGAGAAUAACAUAAAAUGUCAGAAAGAAAUUGAUGACAAAGUGGCACAGUUUGGUUUAAAUGAAAACUCCUUGCUGCAGAUGACCAAGGUGAUGGGAGCAGAUCUUAUACCAGAAAAACUAAAAGAGGAAUUUCAGGGCGAGGUAAAAUGCAUAGGCUCUUCAGCACUGUCAUCAUUGGUAACCGCAUCGGCCUCAGAAUUUGAAAUCAAAUGGUUUGACAUUCUCCGAGAUGAUUUAUGCCACUUGGACAGGCAGUUCUCUUCAGAUAUACACAUCCCACCUCUGGCAACGUAGGGCUGUUGUAUUUAUUGUCAUGGCUUCAGAGGAUUAUGGAAUGAUGCAUGCAAAAAGUUCAUGUUGUAUUUUUUACGUUUUCUUAUAGUAUGUAUUUCAAGAAAGUAAAUCUCUGCAUUUGAA